CGGUUGGUCCUGGGCAACGGGCAACGUCCUUUGUGACAAAUUCAAAACAAAAAUCGUGGUUAAACAUACUUUGCAGGAAUUAUACUCCUGCUGUGUUAUUAUGUAAAAUGUAAAAAAUGCUAGUGUUAAACCAGAUUAACUUGGAUACCACAUAAUUGAAAUUAAGCAAAAUUUCUCACAAAAGCCGGGAGUUCCUCGAUAGGAAAAGUUUUGUAGAGAAAUAAUCAAACCGACUGUAAAUUCAUGGGCGAUUCUCCACCACCAAGGAAGACCAGAAGGUCUUCAAUUUUGAAAGGUAGUAGCAGGGCUCCUUUGCAAAAUUUGGAAGAUAACGAAGGCUACGAUGAGGACAGAACGACUAUUACAAGAACGGCAACUUUUAAACGCCGAGUGAGUUUUUCGUCCACAAAUAAAGUGCAGGAAUUUUGUCAUGAGGCUGAUGAAAUAUGGGGAGAAAGAUACGAAAAGCCGAUGCUUCCUGAAGCAAGAACACAGUCGGACCCAACGAAUCUUCAAACAAGCCACAGUUUUCAGAGUUUAAUGACUGGUGAAAUUAAGAGUGCCCCAUCAAGCCUUCAAGUGCGAAACGAAAUACAGUUCACCUACUCGGAAUCUGUCAUGAAAGUUCGGGCAAGCCAGCCUACUGCAGCAGCAACAGCAGAUGAUUUAGACGACGAGAUGGAACUCACUUCGACAAACCUGCCUGUGUUUUCGCAGGAGUCGCAAACCUCUCAGGCCGCAUCCCAAGUGACUGUCAUUGAUUGUCAAGCCCCAGUUGCAAUCGACAAAGAGAAUUUUACUCAUGCGUUGAAUAAAACAACCAUGAGCACUGUGAACAUGUCAAUGGACCCUGGGAGCUCUUUAACAGAGGACGCCAGCUACCUGAAUUCACCAGGCUUUAACAAAACGCACCUCACCCUGAAUGACGAAGAUGAUUUGCAAGAGGCUGAUGACCUUUUGGAUAUUUUUGGUCCGCCCAAGCAGAACCUUCUGGAGAAAUCCGCGAAACCAAUGAACAAAACUGCAAAUGAAUCACUUUUCAUGGACAUCACCUCGUUUGGCCAAGCAGAUAAAUUGGCUCAUGAAGAGGAGGAGGAAGAAAAAACAGAAGACUUGGCCAAACUAAUGUCCUCUCGGCUCAACGCCACAUGCAAGACGUUGUUGGACAUGGAGGAAGACAACACCAAUGACAUUCUGAAGGACGACGUUCUUCAGUCUGGCUCCUCAAUGGACACGGAGGAACUUGUGCCAACAGAGUCCAUUUCCAGUCUUUCCAAGCACUGCAGGUCUUUGAGCUUCAGCCAGACGGCCCCAAUGGACACAUCUGUGGCUCCGACUAAUGUUACCUGUGCGGCCAUGGAGAUGACAAUGGGCCCAAGCAACGCCUCCAACACGCAAAUGGAGAUGACCAUGGCAGCCCCAAGUUUUGCAAAGGAGUUGCAAGCAAGCCAACAGCACACCUCGGUUUCCAUGAACAAGACUCUGGCGCAGCCCCUGGAAAUGAGUUUUGACGAAGAGCCCGUCUUUCAAGGGAGCCAAAAGUUCAGCCAAGAUUUGACUCAGUCCCAGCCUCAUAAACAUGACAUUACAAAUUAUCAGGUGGAGGACCUUAGUUUUGAAGAAACCCAAGGAAAUUGGAAUUUUGCUACAAAAUCGAACGCCAACAAGUCUUCACUGUCCCCGAACAGAACACAGAGCAAAAAUUUAGAGGAUGAGCCAAUCACACCGCCAAGGAGCUUAUCAGAUUUUGAAAAUGAGCCAAAACCUCCUGCCAGCAACCUGUGGGAGGAAAAACUUACGUCUCCGUUGAUGCCUGAGGACAGCAUCGUUCUAGACACAACCAAAGCCUCCAUGCUAAACAAAACUUUUGAUGUUCAAUCGUCGAGGCUGCCAGCAAGCUCGAUAAUGGACAGCACCAACCUCAGUGUCCCGGACGAAACCCUGAGUGACUCAGUCUUCAUAUCUGGUGAAGUCCAAUGCACAAAUACAGAAGUGAACUCUAAAGACAAUAUAGAAACUAUUCGGACCGUGAAAACCAGGAUGGUUGACAAAAUUCAUGACGAGUCCUUCCGAACUGAAAACACUAAAAUUGUAGACACACCAAAAGGUGAGACAAGUGGUGACGCUGUGCACUACUCGCAGACCGAGGACAUUGGCGACAUCUUGGUUGGUGAAACUGGACACGUUUCCGUCAAUCUGAGGUGUGUCGAGAGGUCUGGAAUGAUUUCUCCGGAGCUUCUUCCCAGCAAGCAGGUCAACUUGUCCAGUGACCAAGAACUUCUGCUUUCGCCAAAUAAUAAAGCUACAAUUGUCACUCGGCAGAGUCCAGAUAAAGGUUAUCAGCGGCCAAGGAGCAUGAUGGAAAGGCAGUCUGUGAGUUUGGCAACAUCUCCGAUUUGUCGCAACUUCAACGCCCCACUUGAUGUGCCCAGCCUUACUUUGACAAAGCCAACUCCACCUGAGGAACAGGUGGACUCCCCUGAAACCACCGUUUCCUUUGACAAACAACUCCAGAAGUCGCGUCGCCACACCGUUGAGCAUUCGCCCAUCAAGAAAGUUUGCUACGACUCUGCCCUAAAAAAAGCAUGUUCGUCUAAAGAGCUUGGCAAGUCAGAGAGUACCGUGUCACAAAGAAACAUGUCAUUGGGCCUAUUGGACUUUGAGGAAUCAAUGAAGGUGACGGACGACCUCAAUUGUUCCAAGAAGAGCGAAAUGGACUUUUCAAGGCGCAGUGAAUUCGACACUUCAAAAAUGAGCAUCUCCUUUUUGCCCAAGGAGUUUGCCAAUCAAAGUCAGCAGGCCGUCGGCAGGAAUGCUUUUGAUGAGUUUGAAGAAAUGGUGUCUUCGAAGAAAAGCACCAAGUUGGACGAGAUUAGCAAGAAAAUGGACCAAAUUUUGUCUUGGUACAAAAGCAGAAAAGAGGAACGGGAAAAGGCCACUCAAAGAAAUGAGCCAGAGAAUGAAGCUCCGGCCGAGGAAAUGGAGGUUGAGGUCCAAGCAGAUGUUGUGGACGCUCCCUUGACUCCUAUUGCGUCAAAGCUCAAGGAAAUGAGUCGGAAGACUGAGAGAUGUUGGAGGUUUGUAGCUGAUGAGGUUUACGGAAUGGAGUUGUCUAUCCUCAAUGAUACUAUGAAGAUGGUUGUCUCUUUAGACGAAGAGGACACUGUCAAAAAGAUCUCCCUGACUCCUAUCAAGCCAAGUGUUGUUGAAGAAUUUGUGCACAAAAUUUUCAUGCAAGGGGUCAGUGUUCCCGAGAUGAUGACCAGAUGCAAAACGAAAAAUGAUGUACCGUCUCUCCUCCGAGAAAUGCAUUCCAAAUUGGUCAAAUUCACCCAUCUGAUGCUCACAGUACAAAAAGCCAGCUCAACCAGUGUCUUGUCUUACCAAGGCACAAGGAUUCAUUUUCGAUGCUACAGUAUGAAAUUAAUUGUAGCUAUUGAAGUUUCUGUUGAUUUUGCCAAAUGGGAUAGAAUUACAGAAGAAGACAUUGAAGUUUGUACAUUUGUGGGCACUCUGGAGUGCAAGGAAAUUCCAAGUCUUGUGGCGUAUGAGAGGAAGAAUGAAAGCUUCCUUCCAAAAUACAUUAAAACCAUUGAAAAUUUGAUCAGAACAAAAGAAAAAUUUGCGUAGAUCUUAGCAUUGAUAACAUGCCUUCUUAUUAGCUUUACUUCAAAUUAUAAAAAUCUUUGUACAUAUAUGGAUAUGAGUGAAGUGUUUAAAUUUAAUGCAUUAUUUAAAACUAUUAGAUACAUGUAAUUCAUUGGAAACAUUGUUAUUUUUAAUUUUAUUAUCAACAAUGUAUAAAAACUUUAAAAUAAAGCAAAUAAAAAUUUUGCAAAGCAAAGCAA